AUGGGCGGCGUGAAGGGUUGCCAGCCGGCUUGGACAGGUGUACGGUACCAAAAGCUCACCACCCACAACAAACCCACCGACGGAUGUUGGUCGUUCUCUUGUUCCGGUUGCGGCAGUGUGCAAAUGUUACAGGCUGAGGGAUUAAAUUCUAUUGUGGGAAAUGCGUUUAGAAUGGCGUAUGCUGCCCAACUGGAGCUGGAAAGACGAUCGGUGACGAACUCGCCAAAAACUAAUUUGAAUAAUACAUCUUGGAUGAAAUUAAACGAUAAAUUAAAUGUGCAACGAAUCCAAAGUGGCUCUCCUUUGUCGAAGAAGCUUAUUGAAUCUCCUAAACCAACACCACCUACCACCCUACCAGGCGUACGUCCAUUUGACCAUAACAAAGGCUUAGAUCUCACGCCAGGACAAUUUUCUACGCCAACUAGUAGUGACGACAGUCCUGAUUUAAAUACAUACAAGCGUAUGUUGGAAAAACCCCCAUUAAUUAAACGUUUAGCCAUGGGUCUAUCCGUACACAACAACUGUUCUAACGAAGACUGGUAUCCACUAGUUUGUAGCUCAUCUGUAUCAAGCUCGCCGUCUACUAAUAGUGACGAUUGCAGUACACCUGAAUCUUCUCAGGAAAAAUUAAAAGAUAAUAGAUUAACUCAAUGCAGUUCACGAUCACCGGACUCGCCUUCAAAUAUCAAACUUAAAAAUAAUUUGAUUUCAAACGUUAUGGACAAAACUCCAACUCCUCCACCUUUGCCAGAACGAUCAGAUAGUCUUCUAGACAAACCAGAAGAAUGUGAAUUAAAAAAAGCCCCUUGGUUUCAAGCCGGAAUUCCAAGAGAAAUAACAUUAGAAGUUUUGGGACAAGAACCAGUAGGAGCUUUUAUGGUUCGUGAAAGUACCACUAAACCAGGGUGUUUUGCACUGUCGUUAAGAGUACCUCAAGAAUUUCAUCCUCUAGGAAUCGCGCAUUAUCUAAUACUCAGAACGAACAAAGGGUUUAAAAUUAAGGGUUUUACGAAAGAAUUCACAACGCUAACCGCAUUAAUAACACAUCAUUCAGUAAUGCCAGAACUACUACCUUGUCCCUUGUCAUUGAGCCGGUACAAUCCAACAUUUGUAAAAUCUGAUUCCAAUCAGGAUUUUGCAGAUAUUGAUGCGGAUCCAGAUUACAAUACGCUUGCAGACUUUAGAAAAAUGAUGGCUGAUUUAAAUGUAUAA